AGAUAAGAGGAUUGGGAGGGAACGGUAACUGCUAUGCUAUCGCAUAAAGGGAUAGAUAGAGAGAGCAAAAACACAUUCAUUCAUUGUUCCAUCGAACCCAACCAGCCAGGUGAAAAAUGGUGGUGAGUAUUCGAUUAGCAAGACUUGGAUGCACACACAACCCAUUUUAUCGGGUUGUUGUUACUGACAGCAAAUGUGCUAGAGAUGGCAAGAACAUCGAAGUUGUUGGUUACUACAAUCCCCUUGCAGCUAAAGAUGAUGAGAAAAGAGUGAACAUCAAACUUGAAAGAGUGAAGUAUUGGCUUUCUGUUGGUGCUCAACCUUCAGAACCUGUGGAGAGUCUUUUAUUCAAGGCAGGUUUACAAGUGAAACGGAAAGGUGGACUGUCUGGUAGCUACCCUGUUGAUACCCCAAAUGAAGAGCAGCCGUCCAAUGACAAAGAAGUUGAUGGUGUAUCUCCAGAAGCUGUAUUUUCUAUCGGCUUACAAGUUUAACUGAGGGAAUAACAGACAUAUGUUUGGAGAAGGUGGGUUGUGUUGCGAGCUUGUCCUCCAUUGCAAAUCGUCAACUGUUUUUGUAUUCUGAAAGUUAGUUUGAAGAUGCACGUACAAUAUUUGAUUUAUUCCUCUACCUGUCAUGUAUGCAUGCUUGACAUUGCUGUCUACUCUUUAAGUCAACUUUUAUGUUUGUUAACUGCUUGAUCAUGAGGAUUCAUUUUGAAUAUCAUCCUCUUGUUUGCUUA